AUGGCUGUGCAGGCAACCAAGGUGCGCGAGCACUAUGAGCUGCCGGCUGUCGUCUACCGGUGCAUCGAGUACCUUGAUGUGAAGAAGGCGUGGCUCGAGGAGGGCAUCUACCGGAUGUCGGGCAGCUUUGCUGCUCUGGACUCGCUACGCAAGUCGUUUAAUACGUGCCGCGACUUCAAUCUGCUCAAGAUAUCGUUGCCGCCUGAUGUGCACGCUGUUGCCAGUCUGCUCAAGGCGUACCUGCGUGAGCUGCCACAGAGCGUGCUGACAUCGCAGCUGCACCAGGACUUUGUGCGCGUCGUUGACUAUGCUGAGCGCCGUGACCGUGUCAUGGAGCUUGGCCGUCUGGUGUCGCUGCUUCCGCUGGCCAACUACACGCUGCUUCGGGCUCUCACUGCACACCUGAUCCGCGUCGUUCUGAAGGCGCCAAUCAACAAGAUGACGCUCCGUAACAUUGGCAUUGUGUUCUCUCCAUCGCUG